GGGAAGUCAACGUUCUUCCGUUUUCUCUUCUUUCAAACGCCACUAAUAUUUUCGCUCGAGCAUGAAAUUAAUCUUUUUUCCUAUAAAUCAGUCAUCAAUGCCAUCAGGAGCUUCUCCACCAGGGAGGAUUUGGUUUCACUUUGUGUUCACCAGUACUUGGUGUCAGUCCAUUUUUUCAUCUCAUCCAGUCCGCCACUCUGAAUCUCCAUCUGCUAGGAUUUUCCGUCCGAGAGCCGAUGGGGCGUACUCGUCAUCGCAAAGCAUGGGGUCGUUGGAAAAGGGUACUUGCGGAGGCGGCUACGGCGGCGGCGGCGGCUACAUGGAGGCUAAUGAAGCAGUCAAGAAACGAGGACGAGGACGUCCGCGGAUUCAACUAUCAUUUGAAGAGGAGGAGAAAAGGAAGAAGAAGAAAAAUGAAAGGGAUAGAGAUGAUCGGGCAAAAAAGAAGAGUGAACUCAUUAGUCUUCGGAAAUUGAAAGAACUGUACAAGAAAUUUUGUGAGAAUAAGGUGGGGAUUGCUAAAGAGUUCAAAGCCUUCUGUAAAAAGCAUGAAGAAAAGGAAGAUGGAGCAAACCAACACUCUGACCAGGACCAGCGGCCAGCUUUGGAGGAGAACCUUGAAAUGAUUCAAACAGUGGAACUAGAGGUUGUCACUGCUGUGAAUUCAAGUAGCUUGGGAGCAAUGGGAACCGAAAAAAGAGAAAAAGAACAUGAUGGAGCCAAUCAGGGCAAGAGGCCAGCUACUGCUUACACUACUCCAAGGUGUCACCCAAUUGGUGGGUUUAUGGCUGAUGCUCGCCAGAACGAUGGUCACGCACUGGCUACUCAAGGAUCUCAGUUGUCAACCAACAAAGGUACACAAAUACAAAUGAGGGAGGCUACUCAUGAUGGGGAGGCCUCCACCUCAUCAUGGGAACCUGCACCUCAUUGUGAGCUUGGAGUUAGCGUGUACGAUCCUCUGAAGAUGAUCAAAGCUGCUGUAACCCUUGGUGGGAAUUUGAUGAAGGGGCUGCUGCAGUCCAUGCCACCUGGUUCAGAGUUUGUAAACUUGCCUCUAUUGGACACUAUUCAGCGCUAUCCAUCUCUCCAAAACCAGUUGAAUGAAGGUCUGACUUUGAUAGGUCAGGGGCAUCCCAUCGAUGACAAAGUUGCCAUGCAAUCUGAUGAUCCACCAGUGGUUGUGCCGCGCUCUUUUUUUUCGUUACACAACUGGUUGGAGAGUGUGGCAUGUGAGCCCAAUGUUUUUGCCCCCUCAGUAGAUGCUGACAACAUAGCUGCAAACGCCAGAGCUAAUAAUGUGGAACAGGAGGAUGAUGCAAAUUAUCAGAGGAUGGAUGAAGCUACUGAGGCUGAUUUAUGUGUUUCGAUGUGGCUACGUGAUCCAGAUGGUGGUGAGGAUCCUUGAAUUUAUCCUUUCUGCAUAGGGUUAAUGUAAACUAUCGUCCCUCUACCAUUAAAAAGAGUUCAAUUUAAACCUUCUACUAGCAAUUUAUCUCAUGCCCUCCUUCUAUUAUUAUUUACCUUCACAUGUCCUCCCUCUAGUAUUAAAAAAUACAUCAAUGUCGUCCCCCGUCCACUUUAGGGGUGAUGACGGUUUGUUGAUUGUUAACUCGCAGACGAGCAGACGUUUAGGUUUUUCUUUA